AUUAUGUGGAGGACAUAUAUCACAAUCCAUGAUAGACGCUAUUUGCGAGAAAAAAACUAUAGAUGAACUGAAGGAACAAACACCACCUCCCAUGCAUAUACUAUGCUUAAUAAGCAGUCAAGAGAAGAAGCUAUUCAAAAAAGGAAUACAAGGGAUAGAAUGUAACUUGUGGAUGUUCCUCCAACAAACCCAGGUAUUUUCAAAUUAGUUCUGAUCCAACACCGCUCACGGGAAAGUUAACAAUCCUUCAGCGAAUCCCACGAGAUUGGAAUCCCGCUCCUGAAUAUAAAAAUCUUAUCGCGCGUACUACAAUUUCGCACAAAUACUAUUUGUAAGCACGAAAUAAAGGAAACUACAAAAAUUAAAUCAAUGUUUAUAGUACAUUUUCUUUCUUAUAUUCCGUAUGUGUUCCUUUGCAAAAGGUCAUAGACGAUGAUAGUCUAUCGCAACAAACAGAAAAAAAGUAUGGUUAAUUAAACAUGCAAAUACUAGAAAAAAUUUCUAAACAAAAUGACGAGUACCCGUGAAGCGGGCCCCGAGUAUCUUUUUAACCUCUCUAAGACUCUAAUAUAAAUAUUUUCAGAGAACACAAUGCAUGUGAAUGACAAUUAAAACUUUGGUGCACAAGUUACAAUUAAAUAAGAACAUUUAUUAUAUGGCAAGCAUUUGUUUUGAUGAAUCGCGCAAUUUGAUUGGCUGCUGACGAGGCAGGAUUUUCCCGUACGCAAUUUUUAUUGCCCUGCGAUGAAAGCCGAGUUUCAAACAGAAAAAGUGUCUAAAAAUCUUUCAAAACUAUUCACAACGAAGAAAAAUCAACCUAAAAUAAAAAAGGAGCAACUGCUAUGGGAACUUUCUCAAUACGUUUUUGUUAGCGAAAGUCAAAAUUGCAAGGUAAAUUUUACAAUAUAAGUAUAGGAGCAGUCAGGAAUAUUUGUGUUUUGACUAUGUGACAGGAGGAAUUUGACACCGUCCUAAAUAAAAAAUACAACUAAAGCAGCCACAUAUUUAUAAUUUUCCCCUGAAAAUUUCUGUUUUUGUUAGAUAAAAUAGACAUAAAUAUGAGAUGAAGCGAACCAAAAACGUACUUGUUUCGUAAUUUUUUGUUUUCACAUUUGUUGUCUUUGAUUAAAUGACGAAAUACGUAUAUUUUCGUAUUUUUCUUGAAAUACUAUCCAAAGUGGUUAUUAACCAAGAGAACAUUUUUUACAAUUGUUUAUUUUUGCAAAUGUUUCGGACUUUGUACUUUGCCCUCGCGUGACCUUUACUUCCAUUUUUUACAAACGUACAAUGCCAUAUAAUAAAAAACUUACUGACCUCAACCGUUCGCGCAGUACGGGAAAAUAUCCAACCUCGGUCUUGCUGUAUUGACUUCGCUAUCGCUCGGUCAAUACAGCAAGACCUCGGUUGGAUAUUUUCCCGUACUGCCCUCACUCUCGGUCAGUAAGUUAUUAUUAUUUCGCCUAUAUUUAUAUUUGCAAGUUAAUUUAACGUAUUUGUAAUGCUUUUGCCCUAGCUCGGUUUCCGCGUCUUAAUAGAGACCUUAGAGACCUUACGAUUUUAGAAGGCAACGCGACGGCAACGGCUACCAAUACAAUAAGAUCAUUGAAAAUAAUUGAGUAAUUACAAGAUACUGUUUACAACGCCAAAUCACUGAUUUUCACGUCUUGAUACAACGGCUGCAUUUCAAGCCGCAACAAGUGCAACUUCAAACAGGAUUCAGUCAUAAAAUUCCAUUCAUAAAACCCAUAUCUUCAACUUCUAAGACUAAUAAAUUCAUACGAUUGAUAAUAUACAACGAAUUAUCUUUGCUACCAUUUAUUCGAAGCAGUUUGUUUUGGCCGUUGUCGUCGCGUUGCCGUCCUAAAAUCGUAAGGUCUCUAUUAACUCAUCAAUUUCUAUUUUUUAGUUCGACCUUUUUAAAUACUGUAUUCACUAACUUAGCUCCUAGGUUUCCAGCACUACUUGAACUUUUAGAUUUAAUUUUUCAUGUUUCUACUAGCAUAAUGUCGUUCACUACCAGUACUGAAUUGAUAUUGGUAAUUCUGUAUAUGUGUAUAUCUUUUACAUUUUUCGACGGUCAUCGCUUGAGCCCAAAAUUGGGUAAUACCGUCAACUUAAGCAUCCUUCGUUCUUGGUUUAACCACUGUUCUUAGAUGAUGUUUAAGCUCAUGCCACACGGGUUCAGUGGGAUUAAGAUUAGGAGUCUCUGGCGGUGUUCGCCUCCAAUUUACCGCUUCGUCCUCAAAGAAUGCUUUUCGCCAAGUUACACGUAUGUUUCGGAUCGUUGUCUUGUCGAAAGCGAUGGCCUUUGGGAAAAUGUGAUGAAAUGAAGGGAAGCAAAGUUUUUCUCAAAAUAGUUUCAACAAAAAAUCCUGCAUGCAUCCAGUGAAAACGGUUAUGCCGGUUGGCCCACGCUUCGAAAUGCCAGCCCACACAUGAACUUUAUAAGGACGCUUCGCUUCUUCUUUUUGUCUCGGUGACCCUCACUAACGAUGAAAAGUUACUUUCAUCUCGCGGGAAGAACUUCUCGUCCCGCGGGACGGGAACGGGACUGUUAACUUUCCCGUGAGCGGUACUCUAGUGAAUAAUGCAAUGAUGGUUGACCAUCCUAAGUUUGUGACAUUCUGUUAUUUUAGUUCCUACAGCUGCAAUUGGCAGCCAGG